AUGCGCGCGGCGCUAUCGCGUCCCGUUUAUUUUCAUUCGCGCGUUCGCACGCCAAACGGAAACGGCCGAAAAGUGUGUUCGGCCGAGCUUGCAAACCGUAUGUAUAUAUAUAUAUAUAUUCGACGUGAUCGACGAGUGCGUCAUGCAUCGCGACCGACGCAAAUAUGAUGAAGUUGUAUUAUAACGGCGAGACACACGAUCUUGCCUAAUGCAAUUUUCUAGUCUGCCGGCGAGUGUGACACGUGCGCGCGCGAGUUGGAUCGCAGUUUGCAAUUACCGCAUAUUGUUCGGCGAUUCGAUUUAUAGAACCACCGGUUUCGGUUUGUCGAUGAGCACAAAAUUCAUCCAGGCAUUUUAGCAAGUUUUUUCGCAUGUUAUUAAUUUAGGUAAUUUCAUUCUUCUCCAAAUAUCCUUUUUCCUUUUUAAAUCGAGCGGUGUUUUUGCCGAUUUAUUAAAUACCAAUUUUAUUUUUCUACGCUUCCUACGUCACGUUCCUACGUAACGGCUGCGCCAUUUCGACAACGACGGAGCCUCAUGAAAAUAAUUGCGUUUCAUUUUUUGGACCUGUUGCAAAAGCAGGAAUUUACUUCGGUUUGGCGGGAGUGAAAAAUUCAGCGAGUGCAACGGUUCUGACGAAACGGAUAUCGGAUUAACUGGCUUAGGAAUAAUGGCAGCGGGACACUGCGGAAUAAUUUAACGCAACGCCGUACUGGCGAACAAUUCACUUGUGUAACUUGUUAACCCCAUAAAAUGCACGUGUAACCAACGUAACGUAUCUAACUAGUCGCGGCACACGUCGCGUUGAUGCAAAUUUUCCGCGUAUCGAUCCGUAAGUAACCACGGUCACAUAUCGCAGCUUUCUCGGAGUUACUUGUAUAUUAAACAAAACAACUCCGGGUGAAUUAAUUAUAGAUAAAUCUCUGAAUUAUGCACAUUUUGCAUAAUUUUAUUUGCACAUGCAAUUAAACAAUCAAAACGUACUUGUAGAAUUAUAUUUUUACGCUCGGAAUGACCUGAAUAGAGCAAAUCUUUAUUCUCGUUAUAUUUAAAAAACAUUUCGUCUGAUUUAUACUUAAAAAGAUUAGUCACAGAUCAGGUCAGUAAUGAGAAAUAAUUUCGUGACAUAAUUUUUCAUGUGAUUGUCAUUUACUUUUUUUGUAUAUAUAUUAAAACGUAGUUGCACUUUCAAUCAACAUAACGAGGUAGAGUACAGUUCAAAUUGUUAACAGUUUCUACGGCAGAGCGUUUGCUAUGCGUUUAUAACGGCAAAGAUAGCGACUCGGCAAACGACCAAAGUGGAAUUAUCGUUGGUGAUGUUUGGGCGCGAGAACGUACCGGGUCCUAAUUAACACGACAUAGCUGUUACGCCCAUUCGAUCUGUACGACACGAGGACACGCUGUAAAAUCCACGUCGCUGCGCCUCGUUAUAACAUAGCGUACCAUGUAUAGGUAGGAUAGCGCAGAUAGGAAUUGUAGUUCGUGUCGCGAUAAAAAUAGAUUCCUAAUUGAGACGGCUAACUCAAUCUCGAGACUGCUCGUCAUGUUAUAUUUGAUUUGAUCGGGUUCGAGAGUCGAUGCACUGGAAAUCUUUAUGAACAGAAGUUGAAUUAUCGAGUAUGUAUCCGGAAAAUGUAGUUACACCGAAAUUACGUUCAAAAUUUCUGUGAACUACUUUCGAAAAUGUUAGCCCUAUAACGGAGAAAAUUUUAAUAUCUACAAUUAAAUAUGUAUCAUAUUGAGCAAUGCAUUAUAUACCUGUAUAUUUUCGACGAUCAUAAAUUUGUAAUAAUCAAGGAUAAUAAUAUAGUAUGAUGUUUGCAGAUCUAUAUAUGUAAAAGAUGAUACAUUAUUUAUUUGUUAAGUUUAGAAGCAUUUUAAAUUUUCUUCCCAGUUUAACAUAUUACUGUAGUUAAUGAUACGUUUAUUAUAUUUAGUACAAAGCAAAAAAGAAUUAAUUCCCAAACUGAUAUAUACUAAUUUAAUUAUAAUUAGCAAAGGAGAAUGUAACGUAUAGUUUGCCAAUAACCAUCUCGCAGAACGGUUGAUUAAAACAAAUUCUUUCCAAAUUCAUAGCAUUCAUACAGUCAUGCGGAAUAUGCCGAGUAUUUAGCGUGGACGAAUAUAAUAUUCGAGCUUUUUUUUUCUUCUUCAUUUGUUCUUUCUGCAGUCGACGGACCACAGAAAAAUUCAACCGGCGCGCUUUCGACCACCGAUUUCCCAGGUCAUCCCGCCGUUGAGCUCUUCCGGCACGCAGCGGCGAGAUAGCCGCUCGGGCAUAAUAAAUUUCGCGCGGGAGCAUAAUGGAACGGCGGCAGCACUAAGUCGCGAUAUCGGGCUCGCGGCUAACGACGUAAAAAUAGAAACGAACUGCAAGUCCGGCGGAAAGCUUUCGCAAAAGGAGCAACGGUGUCUCGCCGCGCCCUCGUAAAGCGGCCAGAUAUGCGAGGAACCACUAACUUAAUGAUUUAUGUCGCGCAUGCAACGUCGCCCGCCAUUUCGAAUCUUAUGUUAUACGACCGCGCCGCGUCGCGUUACACGUACAUACACAUUAUAUAUAUGUACAUACGCGUAUAUAUUAUAUAUAUAUAUAUCCUCCGUGAGCCGCACGGAUUAUCCCCCGCUGACCUAACUGAAACUUAUCGUUGCCGUUGCGAUAAGAAGGGAGCGGCCAACUUCGCGCGCUAGCUAACCCGCAACUUUGCCGGAAGAUCGUCGCCGUGUUCCAGCUGUUACCCAGCAGAAAAUACGAUGGUGCACGCGGCGGAACGGAAUUCCUACCCUCGGCGGAUGACGCGUCGUGCGCGCUCCCGAAAAUUUUUUCUUAUAAAUACAGAGCCGUGCGGAGGGAAAGCAAACACCGACGGCCGCUGCACGAAGCGAACUUUCGCGCUGUGAUCUAAAAGGGAUUUAGAGUUACGAGAGGAUAGAACUUGAACGUGAAGGGAAUGCAACUUCGACCAACGCGCGCGCGCGCGCGCGGUUGUCUUUUUACACGAUCACAUCGACAGGCGGGAACUUUCGUCAAGUUAAUUGCCGGCCACGCCAGAGCAGCGCCUGAUGGCCGCUUCCCGGGGCAGGAGGACCGACGAUGAACUCUCUCGCGGAUCGUCGUGCAAAGUUUCCCCGCGUGAGGGGAAUCGCGUAACACACAGCGCGCGCGUUACGGUUUCCGAUAACGGACGUUGUUACGCGGUACUACUAACGGCUCCGCUCUUAAUGGAGGUCCCGCAUUGGACGGCCUUUGACACACGUACCGCCUUAUGCCCGACGUGUGUGCGGAAACUGCGAACGUAAUUUUCCCCGCAAGCCUAACGCGAUUAGGUAAGCGCGCGCGCGUGCACGUCCUGUCGAAUUCAAUUUCCGAAGAAUUGCGCGCGCGAGAUUCUUCUCUCUUCUCUCGCUGCAGCUCAUUUCAACGUGCGAGAUCGGGCGGGGCAACUUUAUUUGUUUGUAGUUUCGAAUUGGCGUCGUUAAAAUUGAUCGGCCUGUCGUUUGCAAGUGUGCGAGUCCUGAAAGUCCGAAUCGUUGUCGGGAGAUAUAUAUAUAUAUAUAUAUAUACACUCGGAAGUUCGGAAUAGCUUGUAACAGACCGCGAUCUUUAUCGGCGGAUAACUCGCAGCUGUCACGCGAAAUCUGUUGCAGGAAUCACCGGUGGUGCUGCCUUCAGCGAAUCGUCCCGAUAAACGGCGACCCGCAGCCCGCGACAGAUCAAGUUCGACAAGGGACAAUGACAAAAUAUCUGCCUUCGUAGGAGAAUAGAGAAAUGGAUCGAUCGGUCUGCGAGAUAAAAAUAAACGCAACCCUCGAUCCCGUAAAGCUCGACCAUCUCUGGAUUAGGAGAGCUCCGCCGCAAAAACAAGUCGCUUUUCUCGAGUCAGUCGGCGAACUCGCUUCGGAAGUUUUAGCCGGGAAAACACACAGGGUGUCCCUAAACAAACAGAUGCGUCCCUGCUCGAGGAACGAUCCUGACAAUCGCAGUCAGUUUCUCGUCCUAUCAGUUCUCCAGCUGAGACUCUGUGCUUUGCCGCCGCAUUAUUUCGGAAGGCGAAUAGGAAGAUGGGAGAGUGCAAGCGAAGGAGGGAUUCUUUGUUACUUUAUGAAAUCGCUUAAGCCUUUAAGAGAGAAAAAGAUGUCGAGAGAAGCGAGAAACGAAACCAAAAACCAAUCGCCGAUUUAUCUCCCUCGUUCAUUAUUCCUCCUUGAGAAUAUAACUUGUUCGCAUUACCGCGCUUGUAGUGAUCAGUUUUUCUCAAUGCGAACGAGAGGCAAACGAAAGAGAGAAAAUAAUGAAUAAAGUUGAAAUCCUCUGAAUCAAAAUGUUAAAGAAUUUUGGAACUCAAUUCAAGUAUUUAUAUAUUUCAGUCAAAUAUAUAAAUACUUCAAUUAAAGUUCAAGUAUUUUAUGUUUAAAUUAAAUGCAUGAAUACUUAGCCUGAAGAAAUUUAAUCAAGUUGAAAAAUUUAAU